AAGAAGGAUCCUGCAGGACCGGGGAGACUGUACAAGCUCCCUCUAUCUGCGGGGCGAAAUAACGAGAAAACUUUAUUUCACCUACUUUGCUCUCCUUCGGACACGCGCGCGAGCCUCAACUGUGACGACGGGAGCGUGACCACAACUUCGGAGCAUACAAACAUCGUAUUUAUGACCUGUUCACCAAGCAAAAAAGAAGAAGAAAGAAAGAGAGACAGAGGAGCCGAACGAACGAAGUCCGCCUGUCACCUUUUCAGAGACGGAGAAGAGCUGAAAUCUCUGCGCUGGCUGAAGAGGAGUUUGUCUCGGUGGAGUUAACAAAUUCAAGCGCCCCGUAUUUCACAAGCGAAAUAAAAACGACUGUGAUGUUUUUGAGCUCGCCGUAGAGUCCGAGUAUUGUUGUUUAUUUAGUAUUUUUUUUUAAUCUAUUUUUUUUUUAAGACUCGCAAACGUGACGCCACGCAGCCACGACCAUCGAGUCAGCAGCCAAGGACUCUUCAACAAAAUCCCUCUAAAUUAAUGUAACGGUCGCUUUUACUGCGGUAUUCCCGCAUGAGACUUAUCUUCUGUUAUCAACGAACACGCGCGACAGCUGCGCGUGCGCGCGGCGUUCAUGCGAGUUAGAAUAAGUGAGAUAGUCAAACUUCACUUGUGGCCUUAAAUCGGAGAGGUGGAGCGAGGCUGCGCAGCUAGCUUUAGCUUAGCUGUUAGCUUCCGCUGGGAACAACACGUUCUGGGUUUCGCUCUUUGUUUUCUCUCCCGGACUGAAGACGAACCCGACCGGACCAGUUCACCCAUUAAUGACACAAAAGAGGGCACGUGGUGCGUGUAUGUGGGGGGGCGGGGGGUGUUGUUAAAGCUGCUGUUUCCGCAUGAGGUGGCUAACUUUAGCCGCAGCAGCGUUAGCUUGUGUUUGACUGAACACGUUGGACUUGUUCCUCCGCCCAUCUUCCGGGAUGUCUUUUAUUUAUUGUUGUUUACCUGUUGGCCCACGUCGCAAAACAAAACCGAUUUCCUGAAGGUAUUUCUCCUCGAGUCCUGCACUGUGCUCGCCCAGGAUUAUUCUGCAUUUGACCCGGAAUAGUGGUGGAUGGUUUUAUUCCGACUCAGUUAUGUGGCUCCGGACUUUGUGUUUUGUUUUGACCGCUAUCUGCUUUGUGAUGAGCUGUCACCGAGCGAGUGGAGAGGUCUGUCCAAGCAAGGACAUCCGCAACAAUGUGACCAACCUACGUACGCUGGAGAACUGCACAGUUAUCGAAGGCCACCUGAAGAUCUUACUCAUGUUCAGGACCAAGCCCGAGGAUUUCCGAGGCAUCAGUUUCCCCAAACUCACAGUGGUCACCGACUACCUGUUGCUCUUCAGAGUUUACGGCAUGGAGACCCUCAGUGAUCUCUUCCCCAACCUAACGGUCAUCAGAGGCAACAACCUGUUCUUCAACUACGCCCUGGUGAUGUUCGAGAUGCUCCAGCUGCGAGAGAUCGGCCUCCACAGCUUGAUGAACAUCACCCGAGGAGCCGUGAGAAUUGAGAAGAACCCAGAUCUCUGCUAUCUCGCCACUCUGGACUGGUCCAAGAUCCUUGACACGGUGGAGGACAACUACAUCAUGGCGAACAAGAACGACCGAGAGUGUGGAGACGUGUGUCCGGGGGUGGCCAUCGGAAAGACCACCUGCCAGACCACCACCAUCAACGGACACUUCAGUGAACGCUGCUGGACUCAGAGCCAUUGUCAAAAAAUGUGUCGCGUUCAGUGUAAACAUCGCGCCUGCACCAAAGACAACCAGUGCUGCCACGACCAGUGCCUGGGCGGCUGCCUGAAGCCCCACUCGGCCGGUCACUGCGUGGCCUGCCGCGGCCUCCAGCACGGGAACGACUGCGUGGAGCGCUGCCCCGAAAACCACUUCACCUUCAAGGGCUGGCGGUGCGUCUCCUUCGCCUUCUGCCAGGAUCUCCACAACAAAUGCAAGCGAGAGAAGGAGCUCAGCAAGAACUCCGACUGCCACGAGUACGUCUUCCACAACGGUGCCUGCAUCCCCGAGUGUCCCUCCGGCUACACGACCGUCAACUCCUCCUCGCUCAACUGCAAUCCCUGUGCCGGGCUUUGUCCCAAGGUAUGUAUGGGUCUGAAGACGGUGGACUCGGUCACGGCUGCCCAGGCUUUGAGAGGCUGCACGGUUCUUAACGGGAGCCUGGUCAUCAACCUGCGUGGAGGAUACAACAUAGCAGCUGAACUGGAGGCCAGCCUGGGCCAGCUGGAGGAGAUCACUGGCUACCUGUCAGUGCGACGUUCCUACGCCCUUGUAUCCCUCUCUUUUUUCCGCAAACUCCGUGUUAUUCGUGGAGAGGAACAGGAAAUCGGAAAUUACUCUUUCUAUGCCCUGGAUAACCAGAACCUGCGGCAGCUCUGGGAUUGGUCCAAACACAAGCUCACCAUCCUGCAGGGUCGCAUGUUUUUCCACUACAACUCCAAACUCUGCAUGUCUGAGAUCCGCAAGAUGGAGGUGGUGACGGGGACCAAGGAGUGGCAAGUCAAGAACGACAUUGCCUCCAAGACCAACGGAGACCAGGCCUCAUGUGAAAACCAUGUUCUGAAGUUUACCCAGAUUCGAACCAUGAGCGAUAAAAUAAUGGUCAAGUGGGAACCCUUCUGGCCUCCAGACUUCAGAGACCUGCUGGGCUUCAUGGUGCUCUACAAAGAAGCACAUUUUCAGAACGUAACCGAGUUUGACGGGCAGGACGCCUGCGGCUCCAACAGCUGGGUGAUUGCUGACGUGGAUCCUCCACGACGGGCCACAGAUGGGGACAAAGAGCAGAUUGAACCGGGUCAUCUCAUCCUGCCACUGAAGCCCUGGACGCAGUACGCAAUAAUGGUGAAAACCCAGCUGUCAGCCUCUGACGAGCACCAGGUCCACGGAGCCAAGAGCGAGAUCAUCUACGUUCGCACCAACGCCACCAAGCCGUCUGUCCCACUGGACCCCAUUUCCUCAUCCAACUCGUCCUCCCAGAUCAUCCUCAAGUGGAAACCUCCCAACGACCCCAACGGCAACAUCACUCACUACCUGGUCUUCUGCCAGCGCCAGCCGGAAGCCAGCGAGCUCUACAAGUUUGACUACUGUCAGAAGGGAAUGAAGUUGCCGUCGCGAGUGCCCACUCAGGUGGACAGUGACGAGGAGCAGAAGUGGAACCAGACGGAGGAGCAGGGCCAGGGGACCCGAUGCUGCGGCUGCCCCAAAACCGACAAGGAGCUCAAGAAGGAGAAAGAGGACUCGGAGUACCGCAAAACCUUCGAGAAUUACCUCCACAAUGAAGUCUUUGAGAUCAAACGCUCGAGACAGCGGCGCUCUGUGAUGGGCAUUGCCAACUGGACCCAACCCUUCCUCACCACCGCCCCCAGCCCGCCCCACGGCACAGAAGUCCCAGAGGACGAGGAAAACUUUGAAAGCACAAAGAUUGUGGUCUACGUCCAUGCCAAGGGGUCCACUGUCAUCUCCACCCUGCGCCACUUCACCAGCUACCAGAUCGAGGUCCACGCCUGCAACCACCCGACCGACCCGGUCCGCUGCAGCAUGGCCGCAUAUGUCAGCGCCCGCACAAUGCCUGAAGACAAAGCUGACGACGUCAUCGGUCUCAUCAGUUACGAGGUGACAGAACAUUUAGUGCACAUCACAUGGCAAGAACCGGCGUCCCCGAAUGGUAUGAUCAUCCUGUAUGAGGUCAACUACAAGAGACUGGGAGACACGGAGGAGCUUAACUACUGCGUGUCGAGGAACACGUACAAAGUGACGCGCGGCUGCAAACUGAAAGUGAUGCAUCCUGGAAACUAUACAGUGAGGAUCCGGGCCACCUCGCUGGCCGGGAAUGGAUCCUGGACCGAGCCCACAUACUUCUACGUCCAGGACGCAAGUGAUCCUCUCUAUGUCCUGAAGAUCAUCAUCGGGCCCGUCAUCUGCUUCAUCUUGCUGCUGUUUGUGGCUGCCGCAGGAUUCUUCAUGUUCAAGAAGAAUCAAACUCAAGGGCCUAGUGGUCCCAUCUAUGCCUCUUCUAACCCAGAGUAUCUCAGUGCUAAUGAUGUGUACGAGGAAGACGAGUGGGAGGUGGCCAGAGACAAGAUCAACAUUUUGAGGGAACUGGGUCAGGGUUCUUUCGGCAUGGUCUACGAGGGCAUCGCCAAGGGCAUCAUCAAGGGCGAGGGGGAUUCACACGUAGCAGUGAAGACUGUGACUGAGGCGGCCAGCCUGAGAGAGCGAAUUGAGUUCCUGAACGAGGCCUCGGUGAUGAAGGCCUUCAACUGCCACCAUGUGGUGCGUCUGCUGGGUGUCGUGUCUAAAGGCCAGCCCACCCUGGUUGUGAUGGAGCUGAUGACCCACGGAGAUCUGAAGAGCUUCCUGCGCUCUCUGCGACCGGACGCUGAGAACAACCCCGGGCGUCCACCUCCCACUCUGAAGGAGAUCAUCCAAAUGGCCGCUGAGAUUGCAGACGGCAUGGCUUACCUUAACGCCAAGAAGUUUGUCCACAGAGACCUGGCAGCCAGAAACUGCAUGGUCGCUACCGACCUCACCGUCAAAAUAGGAGACUUCGGUAUGACCAGAGACAUUUACGAGACCGACUACUACAGGAAGGGAGGGAAGGGCCUGCUGCCCGUACGGUGGAUGGCACCCGAGUCCCUGAAGGACGGAGUCUUCACUGCACAUUCAGACUGCUGGUCGUUUGGGGUCGUGCUGUGGGAAGUCAGCACGCUGGCCGAGCAGCCGUACCAGGGCCUGUCCAACGAGCAGGUGCUCAAGUUCGUCAUGGACGGCGGCUACCUGGACCGGCCAGAGAACUGCGCCGACAGAAUACAUAACCUGAUGCAGAUGUGUUGGCAGUACAACCCCAAGAUGCGUCCGGCAUUCCAGGAGAUCAUCGAGAUGCUCCGCGAGGACCUGCAUCCUUGCUUCCGGGACGUCUCCUUCUUCUACAGUGAGGAGAACAAGCCGCCCGAGACCGAAGACUUUGACCUGGACAUGGAAAACAUGGAGAGCAUCCCGCUGGACCCGUCAUCCUACUCCCAGAGGGAACAGUGUUCAGACAGGGACGAGGCCUCGUCGAUGGGCCUGAGGGGCAGCUACGAGGAGCACCACAUCCCGUUCACACAGAUGAACGGGGGAAAGACCAACGGGCGAAUACUGGCCCUGCCGCGGUCCAGCCCCUCCUAACACACUGCACCACAUCCCGCGCAAACAUGUCAUCGCUAUAGAUUUGAAUAUAUUUUAGUUUUUUGUUGUCAUUUUAUAUAGAUCUCACUUUUAGCACUCUCUCUACAGAAGCACCUCGGUGCAUAUCUCAGGACUUAUUUUUCUUCUCAGAUGCCACAAACACACACUACAGCGAGUCCACACAAGGACACCAGAAGACACUUUUUGUAUUUAAGGACGAAACCUCCCACAUCUCUCUUGUUCAUGAUUUUAGUUUAUAUACUGUGUAUAUAUAUAUUGCCACGUUUGUGCGAGACUGGGUGGAUAAAUGGAUUCAACUGUGAAACAAACUCUUGACAAACAUGAAGGCUGCUAAACCCAAUCGCCCUCCCUGUGUCCAGACGUUGUCCCUCUCCCCCAAGUCAACAAGAGGCUUCAUCCUCGGGUUGCUAAGUUUUAAAAACAAGUGCCCUUCUAUUAUGUUUGUGGUCUACUUUAAUUGUCAUGGAACUGUGUCGGAAUCUACACACACGCGGAUGACGAACUGAAAAUGUUAGACUUUGGAAAAAGUUGGACGGUCAAAGACGGUCCAUCCUCGAACAAACUCUGAUCCACUGGAGAAGCUGAUUGAAGUGGCUUACCUCCUCACACUCUGCAGUAUUCCGAAAUGGCACACAGGAUAAACACAGAACUUAUGUCGGGUUGUAUUUUUUGUAAUUUAUUUACGCGUCUUUCUUUCUUUUCUUCUUCUUCUUUUUGUUUUUUUUUGUUGAGUUUUCACACUUUCAGCUGAAGGAUAUUUAAACUGUUUUCAAAAAACAUGUUGGUGAAUGAACUCCUCAGAUUGACCAAUAGCUGCUUCUUUGGUAUAUUUUAGUGGGUAUAGAAGAUUAUAAAGAGAGAGAUAUAUAUAUAUAUUUAUAUAUAUAUAUGAAUAUAUUGUUGAUGUUUUUGUACAUAGUUGAUAUGUUGUCAUUCUUGAGGUAUUUACAGUCAUAGAAAAUGUUUUUACAUGUUAGUCUCUUAUGUUUAUUUUUUCUAAUACAGAAAAUCAUACUAAAUAGCUUUUUUUGGACUCAUGAUCAACCAACAGCACUUGGUCUUUUUUGCUACGUGACGCCCGGUAGAAAGGAGUGUUUGGCGUCUUGAGCUUAAGAUGUCUGCCCGUCAUAUCAAGAUCAAAUAAAAAAGGCUGUAAAUAAUUCAGCAAUGUGCAUUGAUGAAGAGGCUCCCGCAGUGCUUUUGUUAUUUUCCAUUCUCUCAAAAUGUUGUUCUUAAGUUGAAAUUGUUGUUAGUGAAGGUAAGUUGUGCUUUUAUCUCAGUCAGUAUGAAGAGGUUUCCACCUGAGCCAGAAAAUAGGAUGCACACACACAUACACACACACACACACACACACAACUCAAUUUACAAACUAAAGCCUGGUUGAGUUUUGAUUUUUCUGGCUAAUAAAACUCAUACAACAACAAUAUAUAAGAAGAAUUAGUGUCUAAAUCAAAAUGCCAAAUUUAAAAUGUUUAUGUACAGCAAUUUCCUGCCAAAAUAUAUGUUGAUGGCAGUGACUCAUCAUAUCUGUCAGACAUGUAUCAAAUUGCAUUAAAUGCUAUGUGAGCGUAGCAUCUGUAAUUGGUUAUAAUGCAAAAUGGCUGUGCAACAGGCUUUAAUGUAUUAGGUUUAGUGCAAUAAUGCCACCUUCUGGACAACAAUGAUAUUAUUAUACUGUAUAUACUAUCCAAGGCUACGGGGUUUUUCUGACAUACGUUUUGUUUCUGUACAAUAUUGCAUAUUUACAUGUUUUAAUGACAAUGAUGUAAAAAAAGAAGCUUUCAAGCUAAAUUGUUUUAACACUUUCAUGCAGUAAAACUAUGUAUAAUAA